AUGGAUCGACCAAAUUUUAACCCCCGGCGAUCUGUAGAUAGUGCUCGCUCGGCUUCCUUUACCGCGCCUGCUUCCCCUACCGCUGCUGCUGCACCUGCACCUGCCUCUCCUCUCAAUCCCAAUUUCCACGCCCCGUCGCCACCUUCUCACUCUGCCGUGAGCGCGUCUGCGCCUACCGACAUCCCUUCGCGAUCGAGGCAGGGUCGCUCCGUCUCGCACUCUCUCAACAUCUCCUCGUCCGCCAGCAGGAAGAGCCGGCAUGCUGAGCCUGGAACGACCGACGCCCACUCUGCCACUGCUAGCCUCUCCAUGCCCCCGCCCGCUUCGAUCCCCAUAAAGAGCCCUCGAAGUUCCCUCUGCCGCAGUCGCCGAGAAUCAAACAACUCACUCGAGGCCUGGAGCGAUUCUGCUCUUCAGUUUGCCGACCCCGACGACCUCGAUACCCCACGCCUCAUGUCUGGGUCCAGCCAGCACCAGCAGGAUUCCACUGCCCCAUACCGUCCCCUCCCCGAACCCGCCCUCACAACCCGCGCCUCGUUUUCUUCCGAGUCGGAUCCCAAACGCACAUCUGUCUCCAGCGUCUUCUCAGUCUACUCGCUGGCCUCGGCCCGCGGCGUCGUUCCUUCCUCUUCGGCUCCCGCCACCCAAUCCUCUGCAGCUUCGACCAACGGCUCCGACGGCGGCCCUUCGCGCUCCGUUUCCGGCAUCAUGUCGUCGGGAAAACCUGUCACGAAUGCCUCCCAGCCCGGCGCCGAGCUCUCCAACGUCACCGUAACCACCUCCUCCAACGGCCAGAACGGCAACGCUGCCGCGGGCGGCCAUCACCUGACGCCCCGCGAUACCAAUACUCACGCUCACGAUGUGAUUAAGCGUCCUCGUGCCGAGCGGCCCCAACCCACUCGAUCCCGCAGUCGGAACAAGCGACGGUUCAGCGCGAGCACUGGCGCCAGUAGCCAUAGCCCCAGCAGCGAUCGAGGGCUCUUCCACAGCAAGGAGAAAGAAGAGGGUCAGUCAAGAGAUACAAGCGCGCCGCGACAACGUGUGCCGACGAGCUCUAAUGCACCUGCAGUCAAGCCCGCGCCUUGGGGUGUCAUUGGAGUGUGCGCUUUGGACGUCAAGGCUCGCAGCAAGCCGAGCAGAAACAUUUUGAACCGCCUCAUUGCGAAUCGCGAAUUCGACGUCGUUGUGUUUGGCGACAAGGUCAUUUUGGACGAAGCUUUCGCAUCGGGAUCUUGUAUUUCUUCAUGUGCUCCUGCUAAUACUCCUUCCAGCGACUACCUCAUCUCAUUCUACUCGGAUGGCUUCCCUUUGGACAAAGCCAUUGCGUACGUCAAGGCACGGAAACCAUUCUGCGUCAACGAUGUGCCGAUGCAAAAGAUCCUCUGGGAUCGCCGUCUUUGCUUGAACAUUCUCGAUCGCAUUGGUGUCCCCACUCCGAGUCGAAUUGAGGUGAACCGCGAUGGCGGCCCCAAGAUCCUAACCCCAGAUACAGCUAAGCACAUCAAGGAAAUUACUGGCAUCACUAUGGACCCCGAAGAGCUGGGAUACAACAGGCUACCCCGCAAGGUUGAACUGCUUGACGAUGGCGAUGUUCUCAGCGUUGACGGCACUUUGCUUAAGAAACCUUUUGUUGAGAAGCCCGUAAGCGGCGAGGACCACAACAUCAUCAUCUACUUCCCCAAAUCCACCGGCGGUGGCGCCCGCAGACUGUUCCGGAAGAUUGGCAACAAGAGCUCGGAAUACGACCCGGACCUGAACGUUCCCCGCGCCAUUUUGGAGCCAGAGAACAGCUACAUCUACGAAAAGUUCAUGCGGGUUGACAAUGCCGAGGACGUCAAGGCCUACACUGUCGGGCCCAACUAUUGCCAUGCCGAGACUCGCAAAUCGCCCGUCGUUGAUGGCGUUGUCAGGCGUAACACGCAUGGCAAGGAGCUGCGCUAUGUGACAGCCCUGGAUCCCGAGGAAAAGGAGAUUGCCAGCAAGAUCUCAACCUCUUUCGGCCAGAGAGUUUGUGGAUUCGACUUUUUGAGGGCUGGCGGCAAGAGUUAUGUGAUCGACGUCAACGGUUGGAGCUUCGUCAAGGACAAUGACGAUUACUACGACCAUUGCGCCAACAUCCUCAAGGACGUUUUCGUCAAGGAGAGACUUCGCAGAGGCGGUGUCACCUCCCCGGCGCCGUCCCCAGCACCUUCGGACAUGACCGACCCGCUGGCGUCGCGAGGCAAGGAGAAGGAGACACAGCCAGUUCCUGUGCCAAUGACUCAGAACAAGUCUUUGAGCAGCAUCUCAGCUGGAACGGUACCGCCGUCCGAAGAGGCUCCAGUGCCGCCGCCGCCGCCGAAACACUCUUGGAAACUCAAGGGUAUUGUAUCUGUCAUUCGACAUGCGGACCGUACUCCUAAACAGAAGUAUAAGUUCACCUUCCACACAGCGCCUUUCAUUGAACUUCUCAAAGGCCACCAGGAGGAGGUACUUCUUAUUGGCGAGGCAGCGUUGGCUAGCGUGCUGCAGGCCGUCGAUGUUGCCUUGAGAGCCGGCGUGGAGGAUCGUACCAAGCUGAAGUCCCUCCGUAACGUCCUGGUCAAAAAGGGCGGAUGGGCCGGUACCAAGGUGCAGAUCAAGCCCAUGUUCCGAAAGAAGAAGACGGAAGAGGUCGCCGUUUCAUCAGGCGACGAGCUCUCGCAAGUCUUGAAAGAAGGUGUCGAGACUGAUUUCGCAGAAAAGUCUGAAGAUGCGGUUGCAAAGACAGAGAACUCCUCGCCGUCGAGGAUGCCGCCCAAGAGGCAUGAUUCUCUAUCUGGCGUUACAAUGUCGCGCAUUACGGCAGCGGAGGAGAGUCUAGUUCUGGACAAGCUCCAGCUCAUUGUGAAAUGGGGUGGUGAGCCCACUCACUCAGCGCGGUACCAGGCCCAGGAGCUCGGCGAGAACAUGAGAAACGAUUUCAACCUUCUCAACCGUGAUGUGCUUGACGAGGUUCACGUUUUCAGCAGUUCCGAACGUCGAGUUACCACCAGUGCGCAGAUCUGGGCUUCUGCUUUCCUGGAUCGCAAGGACCUUCCCGAAGACUUCAUCACGAUCCGCAAGGAUUUGCUGGACGACUCGAACGCCGCCAAAGACGAGAUGGACAAGGUCAAGAAGAAGCUAAAGGGCCUCCUGCGUAAGGGUAACGAGCGACCUCCUCAAUUUGCUUGGCCAGAGAAAAUGCCUGAACCGUCGGAGGUCCAGACUCGCGUUGUCCAGUUGAUGAACUUCCAUCGCCGCGUCAUGCACUACAACUACACCAAGCUGCACAACGGCAGUGCUGUUGCGUCACUGAACAAUGCCAUUGCGAACCCCGGUACGGAGAAGCCUGCCAACGGGGACGCUUCGGCCUCAACAAGCUCCACCUCAUCGUCGCUGUCUCAAGCAAAUGCGGUAAGCAACAUUCAACCUAGAUGGUGUUGUGGCGAGGAUGCGGAGCUCUUCCGAGAGCGCUGGGAGAAGCUUUUCGCCGAGUUCUGCGACGGAGACAAGGUCGAUCCUAGUAAGAUCUCCGAACUCUACGACACAAUGAAGUUCGAUGCCCUGCAUAAUCGGCAGUUCUUGGAAUGGUACUUCCACCUCUACAAGGGGAACACCCAGACCAAGGCAAAGACUGACGCCCGGUUCGAGCCGCUCCGGGAACUGUACCAGCUUGCCAAGGUGCUCUUCGACUUUAUUUGCCCGCAAGAGUACGGCAUUUCCGACGGCGAAAAACUGGAGAUUGGUCUCCUGACGUCGCUGCCGCUGCUCAAGGAGAUUGUCCAGGAUCUCGAAGAGAUGCAGGCGUCGAACGAUGCCAAAUCGUUCUUCUACUUCACCAAAGAGUCGCACAUCUACACGCUCCUCAACUGCAUCUUUGAAGGAGGUAUCGAGACAAAGAUCAAGCGAAGCACCAUUCCCGAGCUUGACUACCUCUCGCAGAUUUGCUUCGAGCUGUACGAAUCCGAGACCAAGGCCCCGCCGACACACCAGACGGCGGAGAAGAGCAGACAUUUGCCUACAGCAUUAGGAUUACCAUCAGUCCCGGAUGCCACGUCUUCGACCCUCUUGAUGUUCAACUGGACAGCAAGCACUGCAUCAGCUGCGCUCCACGGCGCAGCCUGA